CUUCACUUUUCUUAUUCCUGCUCCCUUAAACCAGAAAUAAACCCCUCUCCAUUUUUAAAAUAAGAAAAAUAAAAUAAAAAUCUGAAAAUUUGUGUAAAAAUUGGAAUUUGUUAGAGAUAGAGAGAGAUGAGGAUACAGUGCAACGUGUGCGAGGUGGCGGAGGCGAAGGUGCUGUGCUGCUCAGACGAGGCGGCGCUGUGUUUGGAGUGUGACGAGAAAGUUCAUGCUGCCAACAAGUUGGCCAGCAAGCAUCAGCGUGUUCCCCUCUCGUCUUCUUCUUCUCAUAUGCCUACAUGUGACAUUUGCCAGGAAACAUCUGGGUUUUUCUUCUGUUUGCAAGACCGAGCUUUACUCUGCCGAAAAUGUGAUAUUGCUAUACAUACAGCAAAUCCUUAUGUCUCUAGUCACCAGAGAUUUGUGCUUACUGGAGUCAAAGUUGGUCUUGACACAACAACUGACCCUGUUGGAUCUUCAUCCUAUAUCAAAUCACCUUCUAGUGAAAAGACUUCAGAAACUAAAUCCGAUUCUAUGUCUAAAAGGGACGCUCCUAUGUCAUUUAUUAGUGAAUGCAAUGAAGUUCUUCCGUCUAUUAUCGGAGUUGAGAACAGCGUGCCGACAAAAGUGUCAUAUGGUGGGGGUUCUACAGCUGGAGGCAUUCAGUCAUGGCAUAUGGAUGAUUUGUUUGGGCUAACUGGCUUAAACCAAAGCUUUGGUUACAUGGAUAAUGAGUUAUCUAAGGCUGAUAGUGGCAAGUGCGGAGACUCCGAUGGCUCACCGUUCUUGCGACCUGCUGAGGAAGAGGUCUUUGAUGAUGAAUACAUGGGUCAGGUGCCGGAAUCCCACUGGGCAGUACCACAAGUGCCUUCACCUCCUACAGCCUCAGGGUUGUAUUGGCCUAAAGAUUCUCACAAUCAAUCUGAUAGCGCGGUAUUUGUCCCCGACAUAUCCUGGUCUAGUGUGGAAAACCCUUUCCACUAGUCGCAUAUCGGCUCCACCCCGUAACAAUGGCGAAAAAUUCACAGUCAGAUCUUUCCUCUCAGGUACUGUUUUAGCCUAUUUCCGUGCAAGGUUCUACUUCUGCAGUAGCUAGUUGGGUUUUAUAAGGUAAACCGAAACAGAUAAGGUGUACUAGAAAUGCCAUUAUUAAUUAGAGUUAGGUUUGGUUUAUAGUAACUGCCUGUAUUUCUUCAUGGUUCGCAAUAUAACAAGAUCAACUUCAUUGAAUCUAUUAGAUUGUGAUUCUAAAAUUCAGACGGUUAGGAAAUAAAAGUUUAGUGGUUUAAGCUUUUCGUUGUUUUUAAUAGGUACGAUAGACUAACAUGUCAUGUUCAGAACAUUGUGAUAUACAUGGUUGGUGUGUUCAUUUCAUAUAUAUAUAUAUUGUAUUUGUGUUCA